AUGACCCUGGCAGCCUCCUCCCAGCGCUCCCAAAUCAUCCGUUCCAAGUUCCGCUCUGUCCUGCAGCUUCGGAUCCACAGACGGAAUCAAGACUGUACCUCUGAUUCAGAUCCAUGGAUCUCAGCCUCAGGCCCAGCUCUGGCUCCGGCUUUGCCCCCUGCUCCUGCUUCUUUCCUUGUCAGCCCUGGCGUCUUGUCCCCUGAACCAGCAUAUUGUCCUCGGAGGUCUCCAAAGAAGGAAUCUUCCAAGAACUCCCAACACUGGAAGGAGCCCAAGGUCAGGGGGAAUUUGACAUAUCACCUGUACAUGCCUCCAGAACGGAGACAAGGGUCUAGGGAAGAUCUCCAAGCAGAGGGCUCAACCCUGGGACCCCCAGGGCCAUCACUGUGGGAGGAGAAAAACUCACAGAGGCCACACCCUCGGAUGAAGCCCUCCUCACCAGGAAACUCCAGGCCCUCACCCCCUUCACACAAGCUGGAACUUCAGACCCUUAAAUUGGAAGAGCUGACGGUUUCAGAGCUUCGGCAGCAGCUGCGCCUACGGGGACUCCCAGUCUCCGGGACCAAGUCGAUGCUCCUGGAGCGCAUGCGCGGUGGCGCCCAGCCCAGAGAACGGCAGAAGCCCCGGCGUGAGGACAAAGAGGCUGCGGCUCCCUGGCCGCGCCUUAGGCCUAAGGUUCUGGGACGUACCCGGCGGCCCGGCACGGUAAAGACAAGUACAACGACUCGUAGGCUGCAGUUUUCUGAAGUUGCGGAUCCCCUGGGGGCUGCUCCAGCUCCGGCUCCCGCGCCGGUUCAGGCUCCCGCUCCAGCUUCGGCUCCGGCUCUUCCAACUCCCUUUCCAACAUCUUCUCCAGCCAGCCUGACUCUGGAGGAGGAGCUGCAGGAAGCGAUCCAUAGGGCUCAGCUGCUUCCGAAUCGGGACAUCGAUGACAUCCUGGAAGACCAAGUGGAGCCAGAUGACCUGCUGCCUCCCAUCCCCUUGGACUUCCCGGGCUCGUUUGACGUGCUGUCUCCCUCCCCGGACUCGGAUGGCUUCUCUUCCGUUUUCUCUUCUUCACUCCCAUCCCCCACAAGCUCCCUGUCCCCUUCUCCAAAGGCACUUACAGAUUCCUUGGACUGGCUGGAGGCCUUGAGUGGCGGUCCACCGCUGGACUCUGGGCCUCCAGGGCCCAGCAUCUUCUCUGCGGACUUAUCUGACCCCAGUGGCACUCGUCUUUGGGAACUGCUUCCGGAUGCAUGAGAAGGACCCUGGGGUUUCCCAGGAGAGGUCAUCUGCCCCCACGAAGACCUGCCAACUACAGAGCACUCAAGACUUAAAAUGCCCUUAUCCCCUCCUGGCCCACUGCUGCUGAUUUGUCAAAUGCCUGGACCUGCCUACCCGGCCUCUGUGUGACACCCCACCCCCCACCCCCGUCUGUGCAGUUAAGGGUGGGAAUUCCUUUGCUACUGCCCAGCGCAAACAAGCUUCCUGCCUCCUUCAGAGCCCUGCAGGGUGUGUGCGCCACUUCCUCCAGAUGCUGGUGGCUGCCUGUCAUCUGGGGAGCUGAAAGUUUGUGCUGUUUGGGUUCAGGAAAGGAUGGGGCAGGGGAGUAGAAGAAGGCAGACCCCUGAGUUCUAGAUAGAAGUGAGGGAAUCAGAGUCUCCAAGUGGGAGGUGACUGUGAACUCCCUAUGACCUUGAACCUAUGAGUGUUGUGACUUUACCUAGCUUUCUUGUUUUUUUUGUUUUUUGUUUUUUGAGAGAAAGUCUUGCUAUGGUAGUACAGACUGGCCUCUAACUUGUGACAAUCCUCCUGCUUCAACCUUCUGACCCCUGAGAUUAGAGAUGUGAGCCACCAUACCCAGCUCUCAUGGUUUGUUGAAGGGCUUCCAGGAGCCAGGUAGGGAGAGGAAUGGCCAAAGAGGAGCUAGAAUGUGACCUCGGGUUCACCUCAGCCCUGAGGACGGCUGCCUGAUGAAUUAAACUGCAGGUCUCCUUGA